UUACUUGUGUAGAUGCGUCUCUGCCCUGUAGUGAAGAAACGACUCUCUCUUCGAACUAGAGCACAACGAAAGUGAAUGCCGUUCUUAUCGCCGUAGUUUAGCGCGACAGAGGGUGCGAAUGGCGGCACAAUAUCGACAACAACCGUUCCCCGCCUCUGUGCGUCUCAACACAGGAGGCCGAACGAGCGAGCAAACGUGGACUAUCAGCGCUCAAGAGCGAGUGCGUUACGAACAGAUCUUCUACAGCCUUCGUCCUCUGGCCGGCAAGCUCACAGGAGCGCAGGCUAGGUCCUACCUGACUCAGUCCAAGUUGGCGGGAACGACGCUCGCGCGCGUGUGGCUGCUCUCUGACGUCGACGGCGACGGUCACUUGACGGUGAAUGAAUUCUCAAUUGCCAUGCAUCUCAUUCAGCUGAAAUUGCAAGGCGCCGAAUUACCGACGUCGUUGCCGCCGAGUCUGAGAGGAAAUCUGGUUGGUCAGACGUCCACAUUUGUUGACCAAUCACGAGGCGGGAUGAAUUUUAGUAUUAGUCAUCCGGGAAUGCCGGUCUAUCAGCAGUUGACGACGUUGCCAAGGAAGCAUUCAGGGUUGGAAUUUGGUGAGACGAGAGGCACGAGCCCUGCAUUGAAACGAAGUGCGACGUUGCAUGUGUCGAGUAAGGGGGGUCAAGGGCAGGCGAAGGAUGAGGAUGUGCCAUGGGCGGUGCAAGUGUCGGCGAAGAAGAAAUACAAUCAGAUGUUUAAUGCGCACGAUCGGCUGAGGAGCGGGUAUUUGACGGGAGUGCAGGCGAGAGCGGUGCUGUUGCAGUCGAAUCUACCACAGCAACACCUGGCACAGAUAUGGUCUCUUGCUGAUAUUGAUAACGAUGGUCGUCUCUCUAAUGAAGAGUUUGCGGUUGCUAUGCAUCUUGUAGACGAAGUUCAAGCUGGUAGACAGUUACCUACAUCCCUUCCUGUCUCUCUCAUUCCUCCAUCAAUGAGACGGAAAGCGAGUAUUCAACAGCAACCACUGUCCGCUGUUACACUUGACACAGCAGCAUCGAAGAUGGAGAGGAAGUCGUCUUUUCCGGUGCACACGCAGUCGUUUGAAGACAAACGACGUGAGAACUUUCAACGCGGACAAAUGGAACUCGAGAAACGAAGGCAAGAGAAACGAGAACGAGAACAGAAAGAGAAAGAGGAGAGACAACGUAAGCAACGAGAAGCGCUAGAAAAACAGGAGAGAGAACGCCGAGAGGCCGAAGAGCGUCACAUCGCCGAACAAGAAUUCGAGAAGCAAAACGAACUCGAUCAAAUCAAACUCAAACACGAACAACUGCAAGGAAUCAACCUACAGAGACAAUCAGCACAGAAGGAGAUGGAACUCGCGAGAGAACACGAAUGGCAGAAGAGACGCAAACAAGAACUAGAAAGUCAGAAAUCGAAACUCACUGAUGUCGUCAGCAAUCUCAAACAGAAAGUCCGUACAGUUAACAUCGAGUUAGAGACAUUGAGUCAGCGGUACGAGGCGAUGUUGACGACGUUGCAGAAGAAUCGGAGUCGAAUCGAGGAGACAAACUUGGCGUUGAACAGACUGUCUGUGUCAAGAGACACACGAACGAGCGAACUAGAGAGGUUGCACAGCGACUUGACGACGUCGAAUCAGAGAUUGAAUUUCUUGUCCGAGGCGAGAGAUCGACUGACUCAAGAGUUUAAAAUGAAAACUGGAUCGCCUGGAGCCAUAUUAUAUCAGUCUGUGUUGGAUCAAUGUCGUGAGAAAGUCACCAGCAUCAACCAACUUCGAUCAGAACAAAGAGAACAGCAAGAGAAGCUCGCAGAGAAAACAAGAGAACGAAACGCACAUCAAGCUCAACUCAUGGAAUUGAGCCAUUCGUGUGAAUCAUUGUUGAUUGAUGUGAAACGAUUGCAACACGAGUUGCAUGUAAAGAACGAGAGACACAGCGCCGAACGUAAGAGACAAACCGAAGAACGAAAAAUGAAGGAAGACGGGGCCAGACAACGACGAGAGGAUCUAGAACAAGCGAAACGAACAAGUGAACAGAUGAGAAUACGUGAAGAGGAGGAACGUCGGAGGAAAGAAGACGAUGCAAGACGAAAACGAGACGAAGAACUCGCUGCAGUACAACGAGAACGUGAAAACAAGAGAAUGAGAGAACAACAACAGCAGCAGGAAGCUGAAGAGGCAAGAAUGAAGACGUUAGAGUCGACAGCGUGGAGAGGAGAAAAAGCGUUUAAUGACAAAUCUGUUCCAAAAGCAAAGCGAGAUCCUAACCAUCAAAUUAAGAUAAUCCAAUCAGCUGCUCUUAAGAAAGCAGAGUUGGAUGCAGAUGCCGAGAAACGGAGCCAAGAGUUGAACGAACGUCAACAGAAGGAACAAGAAGUGAGAAAAAAGGUAGAACAACUUCAUAAACAGCGAGCAGAACUACUAGAAAAGAAACGUAAACAAGAGCAAGAAGCAGCCAGACAAGCAGUCGACGAGGUAAGAAGGAAAGGUGAAAUGCAGUUGCAGAAAGCCACAGAGGAGGUAGAAAGGCAGCAAGAGGUGAAACGCAGGGAGGAGGCACUGCAACAGCAAAAGGCAGCCGAGGAAGCCAAGAGGAAAUUGGAAGCUGUGAGAGAACAGAGACUUGCAGAUGAGGCAAAGAGGAAGGAGAAGGAGCAAGCAGAUGCAAAGAGGAAGGAAAUCGAGGCAAGAAAACAGGCUUUGUUGGCGAAGAAAAAAGAGCUGUUGGAUAAAAGGAACGAAAUGGCCGAAAUCAGCGCUGCAUCCAUCCGAUAUCGCGCCGAGUUUGACUUCGUCGCUCGCAACGAACACGAAUUAUCAUUCAAACAAGGAGACAUCCUCAUCGUCAAAGAUCCAUCACACGACACCGACCCCGGAUGGAUGAAAGGAACAGUAAACGGUCAAGACGGCCUCUUCCCCGAGAACUACUGCGUCAAACUCGAGACAAGAGCGUUACCUCAACUCCCAAGAAAAAUGCGAGAGAGCAAGUCACGUAGUCCCACUCCUCCACAGUCGUCAACCGUAUUACCGUCAACUAAACAGACAGACAGUCGAAGCCCGUUGUCAGCGAGUUCAGGAGACGAUAGCCAUGAUGUUAAACCGAGACGAGAAACAAGCCCACCGAGUAUGACGCUAUCAAACAUCUUGAGUUAUCACUCCGGAGCUUCGUCACCAACCGGUCCUCUCUCGCCAACCUUAAGUGAUACUGAAGAGAGAGACGUGACAUCGUCUGAUAAGUCACGAGAACGACUGUUGUCGCCCGAGUCGUUUCGGGUCAUCGCUUUGUAUCCGUGGCGUGCACAGAAGGACGACCAUUUGUCGUUCGCGAAGGACGAGGUGAUCACCGUUCACGACCAGAACGAGAUGUGGUACAGCGGCGAACUGGGAGGGAAGACCGGUUGGUUUCCCAAGUCGUACGUGAAGCCGAUUGUUGUUAGAAAGUCGGUGUCUGCAUCUGUGCUACAAGAGACGUUUAACUCACCACUAGAACAAGCAAUUGUAUUGUCAGACGUAGUCGAGGCAACUGAAACAGAUGCAGGCAUGCCACAAGCAUACAUCGCUCUCUACAAUUAUUCCGGUUCGGCUGGUGAUCUCAGCUUCAAAGCAGGCGACAUCAUCAACGUCACCCAAAUGAAAGGAGAAUGGUGGACGGGCACGAUCGGCGACCGGAAAGGCAUAUUUCCAUCAAACUACGUAAAGAAACGAAAACGAAGCGACUUCACAGUAAAAGACCUCACACCAGCAUCACACCCUCGAACCUUAUCAUCUUCAACUGAUACAAAACCAACACCGAAACGACCUCCGAUCGCAACUGUUAGAGCUGAUUAUGAGGCACAAGGUCCUGAGCAGCUCUCGCUACGAGCUGGACAAAUAAUUCACGUGAGGAAGCAAAAUCCGAACGGCUGGUGGGAAGGAGAGCUGCAGGUGAGAGGCAAGAAGAGGAAGGUCGGUUGGUUUCCUAGCAACCGUGUCAAGUUGAUGGGAAAUCCGUUUCAAACGGCAGCGGUUAGUAAAGCCAGUACGAUUAGACGAGGCAGCAGGGAUGACAGUAGUCAGUCCAGUUCGUCGUCAGUGCAGAACUCACCGAAGGGUGACAACCACGUAUUAGCAAUCUACUCCUACACGGCUGCCAGUAGUGAUGAGCUAACGUUCAACAAAGGCAGCGUAAUCACCGUCCUAAGCAAAGAAGGCGAAUGGUGGAAAGGAGAACUGAACGGCACGGUUGGCGUCUUCCCGUCCAACUAUGUCCAACCACUCAGUGAACUCCAACCUCCGUCAACACAGCAAUGGAGCGAUACGAUUAGUCCAGUGAUUUUGCAAGGACUUGGGGAUAUGGAGAGGAAGAGACAGGAGGCAAUUUUUGAGUUGGUGCAGACGGAGAAGAGGUACACGGACAGUUUGAAUCUUGUCGUUGAGAUUUUCAUGGAGCCGAUGGCAGAAAAUUGUAUUUUAGAAGAAAACGAGUUGUCUGCCGUCUUUGUGAAUUGGAAAGAAAUAAUUGUCAGCAACGACAAACUUCUCAAGUCAUUGAAUGUGAGACUGAAAAUGCAUGAAGGAGAGCCGAUCCCAAUGAUCGGUGACAUUCUGUGUGAACAGUUGCCAAGGUUGACUGCGUACAUUCGUUUCUGCAGUCGACAGUUGAAUGCCUGCAACGUUCUUCAGCAGAAAAACAGUCCGGCACUUCGUGAGUUUGAAACGAGAUGUGCUCACGAUUCGCGUACGGGAGGACUCCGUCUUAGUAGUUUCCUACUGAAGCCGAUGCAGAGAGUAACAAAGUACCCUCUACUAGUCGAGAAGAUACUGAAGUACACUCCAAGUAAUCACUGCGAUCACGAGUCGUUGACUGAAGCGCAGAAGAAGGCUGAGGAUCUUUGCAAUCAGGUGAAUGAAGGUGUGAGGAUGCAAGAGAAUUCGGAUCGUCUGGAAUGGUUUCAGAUUCAUGUCAAUACGACUGGCUUGUCUGAAGAACUGGUUUUCAAUUCGUCUACAAAUUGUAUGGGCACUCGCAAGAUCCUUUACUCAGGACACUUGAAGAAGGCUCGUAGUGGUCGAGAGCUAUUUGGAGUUUUGUUCAAUGAUUUUCUCAUGCUCACGCAAGCUGCAUCACGGAAUCCCAUUUCGGCAAUUUUUGACUUGUCGUCCACUGUGAAAUACGAUAUGUAUAGGAAGCCUUUAUUUGUCAAUAAUCUGGUGGCACAGCCGAUGUCUGGUGGUCAGUAUGCUGAUGAGUGUUGUUGGUCGUUGACGUUUGGAGAGGAGAAGCCGCUGAUUGUGAAAGCGGAUAGUAAUAAUGAGAGGAAUUUAUGGAUUUUUAAAAUUCAAGAAGCAAGUAAGAGCUACAGAGACAGAAAGAAAUCAAUCGAACAGCAAGAAGAGCAACUACGUAGAAGUAGAGGCCGAGGAGUUGGCCAACUUGCUGUCACAAUUGUUGAAGCAACUGACCUACCAAUUGGGGAUAUCUCUGGCAAGAGUGAUCCAUAUUGUGUGGUUACACUUGGUGUUCAGACACAGAAGACGAAUGUCAUUGAGAAGACGUUGAGUCCAAAGUGGAAUACGAGGAUGGAUUUUGCAGUUCGUGAUCCGAAGCAAGAUAGACUUUCUAUUGUUGUGUAUGAUCGAGACUUCUUCUCACCAAGUGACUUUUUGGGUCGAGCUGAAGUUCUCCUCUUCGAUCUCCUUAGAGACGGCCGAGGGCCAUGGGACAAGUGGCUGGUGCUCCACGACGUAAAAACUGGUGAAGUACACGUACAGCUAGAUUUCAAAUUUCACCGUGCAGUAAGUAAAGACCGGUAAUGGAUUACACUCGAGCGUCAAAACAUUUUUUCAUUAAUAUUAACUUCUAUCGGUGUGAUGCAAGUUAGUUAUGGUGUGUGUAUAUACUUAAUGCUUUUGGAGAUAACUUUCUAUAUUAAAUCAAGUUGUGAAAGGUUUUCUGUAUUGGAA